AUGGCUGAUGGAGGGCCACCUGGGCUCAGACAAAAGACUCCUGACGCUUGUGGAGAGACUUCGACAGACACGAACCUCGCCCCAGAGGCUUUCAGCAUGAACCAAAACAGUGCACUGUGCCUCCCACUGCUGUCUGAGGAUCAGAAGCUUAUAUGGGUGCACUCAAACCAGAUCAACCUACAGAUGGAUGGUGCAGCAGAGCUGGAGAAGGCCUUUGACAGGUUCCCGUACCUGACACAGGAAGAGACAGCUGCGCUGGCACAGCAUUGCUCCCUGCACCCAGACCAGGUGAAGGUGUGGUUCAUGCUACAGAGGCUCCGCUAUGGCAUCAGCUGGGACUAUCAAGACAUUCAAGAGGUCUGGAGGAAGCUGAAGUUAAGUCAGGGAAAGGAAGAGCUGCAAAACCUGCAAAAAGAGGAUAAAAGAAAGAAGAAGAAACGGGGGAGAGAGGUAAAAGAAUCUGGUGGGAAGAAAGCAGGAAAGGUCACAGAGGAACAGAACACAAAGGAGGGAUGGAUGAUGGGAGAAAAUGGGAGGGCUAAUGAGCAAUUUGAGAGAAAAAUGAAGCAGAAGCAACCAUUGAAGAAAAAGGAGGACAGAAAAGUAGGAAAAGUUGAGGGAGACAAAGGGAACACUCGGAAAAAGCAGAAAAGGAUGGGAAAGAGGAUGAAGCAAGACGAUGAUGGUAUUGUGGAGAGAGCCAGACGGAUCUACUGCAGUGCAAAGACAAAGACUCAGUUGGAGAUGAUGAAGGUGGCUUUCUCUCACUGCCAGUAUCCAAACAGAGAAGUGUACGACCGCCUGGCAGCGUUGAUUGGUAUCCCUCGUUACAUGUUGGUUCAGUGGUUCGGUGACAUGCGCUAUUACAUCAAGAAAGGACGGCCGCACUGGAUGAGUGAGAAGCAGCACAGACAUGCACUGGUCAACAUCAAGUACCGGCAAUGUCUGAACAUGCUGGCAAAGGAACAGUCUAGUGAGGACAGCAGGAAAGGCAGCCUGGAAGAGGAAGGCUGA